ACUAGAUUAAUCCUGUCUGUAUAAAACAUCACCUUUCGACUAACAUGCAUGCAAAUGAGUCGUAUACAGGCACGAUAUUCGUCUGAAACUACACUGUCUAUGUUAACAACUUUCACAUACUUUAAAGGCCGGUAGAUAUAUCAAAUUUCAUAUCGUACGCUAUACUGCAUCAACAUUUUGUUGCUCUGUGCGAGUCUCGUCUAGUCAAAUGGCCUUGGAUACCGAAAUUGCCAUAUCGAUUUAGCAUGCGAAGACACAUACGAUGCGUGUAAUUUUUGCGACACCCGCCCACACAACAUUGAUUAAACGACAAUGAAAUAUGUUUACUUUUGAACGCCUAAAAGUGCUCUCUAUCAAAACACGAAAGCUUUGAACAAAUUUGGAGUUCAUGCUGACCGCACUCGAGUUUGAAAACAAACACUUCCUGCGUUGCAAGGUAGUACUGAAUAACAACCUCAUAUAUAAGGUAGCCAGAAAUCUUUGUUGUCAUGGAUGGAAAACAGAGUUUGAUGUCAGAUAACACAUCUGAGCUAUCGGCCGAAAAGUCCCAUUCGGUCAAUCAUCUAGGAAUACCCUCUAGUUACAACAGAGGUGUAAGAAAACGAAGUUUUGAUGAUGCACAGAGUCGUCUGAAAUCACGAAAAAUUCUUGGCUUGGGUGGAAAAGAAUCAUCCAAGGUACUUCAAGUAUUAGGAAAUUGUGAGCACUUAGAAACAAAGUUGCCAAUUGGAUUGAGCCUAUGGCUCACUUUCUCUUCGCUAAUGUUUCUUGCAAUGGCCCUUCUGUGCAUCCUGUUAUUUAAACCAUUUUCAUAUUUACUGGGUGUUGAUCAUUCUCCCCGCAUAAAUGUGAUGGAAGUCAGACUGUUGGGAGCUACAUUCGCUGGUUUAUCUGGUCUGACUUGGUUGACAAAUGCAACUUCUUACUUUGUGCUAAGGAAUGUUCUAUUAACACAUUUGGUUUACUUUGGAAUAGCAGCUUUGGUAUUCACCCGCGAACUUUACGUAGAGUACAACAAAUACAUCGGGUUGUCGUUGAUCUUCCACGUCGCAAUUUUUUUCGUAACACUUGCUUACGUCAUCAUGUUACAACGAGUGAAUCAACCAGUUCCUGACAAACCGGUCAGUUUUGCUGACUCAGAUGAUGGCGAAGCAUUUAAUUGAGAACUUACACAGCAAAUGGAAUGGUUGUAAAUUUUCUUUCAUCAUGCGUUCGCAAGGUGGAUAGAAUAAUUGGGAACUUGACCGCCAUCUAAAUGAUUUCGAUAUUACUAGGAUAUGUAUAUGUAUAUUUGUAAUGGUACGGUCAGCCAUAUCUCAUACCUUUUGUUUAAAGGAAACAAACGACUUUCGAGUGACUAAAAAGAUUGCAAGGAUUUGAUACAUACUAAGAAAGAGGAGGUAGCCAUGAUCUCAUGGUUCCAGAAUAUCCAAAAUUUUUAGAAUACUUAGAAAGCUUGUGUAUUUGUUUUUGUUGCCGCGUUUAAU